AUGUUUUAUUUAAUUGGACUUGGCCUAGGUAAUGCUAAAGAUAUAACAGUAAAAGGGCUAGAAAUUGUAAAAAAAUGUGACAAAGUACUUUUGGAGGGAUACACAUCAAUAUUAACUGUUGGUCACAAUGUUUUGGAAGAAUUUUAUGGAAGACCUAUCAUAAUUGCUGACCGUGAACUUUGUGAAAGUCACAUUGACAGUUUUUUAAUGGAAGCCCAAGAUAAUGACAUAGCUCUUCUUGUGGUUGGUGAUCCUUUAGGAGCCACAACUCAUACAGAUAUGUUACUACGUGCCAAACAGCUAGGUGUUAGAACUGAGAUUAUACAUAAUGCAUCUAUAAUGAAUGCUGUUAGCUGUUGUGGCUUACAAUUAUAUAAUUUUGGUGAAACUAUUUCAAUACCUUAUUGGACCGAAACAUGGAAACCAGACAGCUUUUAUGAAAAAAUUAUUGGGAAUUAUACAAGAAAUUUGCACACUUUAUGUCUAUUAGAUAUAAAAGUUAAGGAGCCAACUGAAGAGUCACUAACAAAAAAAGUAAGGCAAUACAUGAAACCAAAGUUCAUGACCGUUUGUGAGGCAUCAACACAACUUUUACAUAUAAUAAAGGAGAAGCUAAACUCAGGGUUGACCGAGGAUACAUUAGCGGUGGGCCUGUCUAGAGUUGGUGCACCAGAUCAAAGAAUAACCGUGCGGAGCUUGAAGGAGAUGCAAAACCAUGAGUUAGGACCCCCUCUACACAGUUUAGUGAUUCCAAGUCCAAAUCUUCAUCCACUUGAAUUAGAUUAUUUAGCUCAGUUUCGAUAA